GUGACGGUUAGGCGGCGGGAGAUUUGAGCGGGCGCGCGGGGCGUUCAUCAUCAGUCGUCGAGUCGGAGCCGAGGACGCGCGUCGGGUCGCCAAUUGCUCGGAGGAAGAACAUAGUUUCUCUGGAAGUGAAUGGUCUGGUAAGAAAACAUUGUCAAAAAUGCCCCUUUUUGGCAAAAUUAUAGUAAUCAAGCGUACUGGAGCAGAUGGAUACAAUUUUCCUUUGACAUCAUCUUCAUGUUUAUUUGGAAGGAAGUCAGAAUGUGACAUACGUAUCCAGUUACCUCAUGUUUCAAAAGAACAUUGUAAGCUUGAAGUGAAUGAAAAUAAUGAGGUUAUUCUAACUAAUUUGAGUGAAGUGAAUCAAACACUGUUAAAUGGUAAAAUUAUUCAACAUUCGGAAAAACUGAAACAUCGUGAUACAUUUACUGUUAUUGAUCGUUCUUUCAGAUUUGAAUAUCCUUUGGAUUCGGUGCACAACACUAGCCCAAGGAAAAAGCGGAAUUCAUUAACCUUGAAGAAUGAAACUCUACAAGUUCUUCAUGUUCAGCAGGGAGUAGAUGGUGAUUCACAGCCUUCCAUUAAUGAUCAGUCCCCUUCGAGUGAACAUAAAUCUGAUAAGAUAAAAGUGGAUAAAGGCUUAAGAGUAUCAACAAAAUCUCCAAAGGUUACCCCAAACGAAAAGGAAGAUCCUGGUUUACAGAACCAGCACAGAAGAAGUUUCACAAAGCUACUUAAUGAUGAGAAACCUACAGAUUCAGACAAUUUAUCACCUUUUACCAAACUUUAUGAAAUGGUCAAGCAACAGGCCACAAAAUCAGUUCAGACUAAAUCAAACAAAGUUGAUAUGUCUGAAUCAGUUGAAGAAAACAGUGCAGACUUGAUAAAGCAAACAUGCAUUCCAGCGAAGCAAUCCAAUGCCACAAUUUCUCAAAAUGGUAAAAGUCUUCGGGCAUCAGCAAAUGGGCAAAUGUCAAGGAGAAUGAGUAAUAUUAGACCAGAAGAGAAAAUGUUGGCAAAAGCAGAUGAAAAUGAAGAAAUGAGGGAAUUGAAUCCUCUACUAAUUGAAGAUUUUACAAAUGCAGCCUUCUCAGCAUCUACUGCUGACAUAAACACUCCUAAGAAAAACAAAAUGGAGAUAAAUAAAUUCACAGAACAGCCAACUUCUGUUGCAAAGGUUACACCAACAACAUCCUUAACAAAGGGUGCAAAAGGGAAAGAGCUAAGAAAUGAUCAGGCAACUAAAGAAACACCGAAAGGAAAACAUAAGAGCCAAUUUAUGAAUCGCAAGUCAGCUCCAAAGAAUUUUGAAGAUAUUCUUGAACCGUCGGUGGAAAAAGACUCAGAUUUGGUUAAAAAGUCAGCGCAAAGCAAAAAUGUGGAAGGUGCAAAUGUUAAAUCUGAACCAGCUGAAUCUAACAAGUUUUCAGAACCUUCAGUUGUGAAAUCUAGGAUGGAAAAUAAUUUAGUUCAUACAGAAUGUACACCCAUUAAAAAAGAUGAAGAAGAUGUUUAUACUCCCAAAAGGCGAGGCAGAGCAGCAAUUGGUAAUAAAAACGUGGGUGAUGCAGAUAUUGAGUCAAAGCAAGUUCCAAAUAUUUUGGAAUCUUCGUUUGCAAGAUUAGGCAUGGAAAGUAAUAAAGUCAAUUUGGGUUUUGUGCCCAUUAAAAUAGAUGAGAAGAUUGACACAACCAAAAGACGAAGCCGGUCAUCAUUGCGCAAUAAAAGCAUGGAAAGUGCAGAUAUUGAUUCAAAACCAGUUGAAUCGACAAAUGUUUUGGAAUCUUCAGUUACAAAAUUUGGAAUGGAAAAUGAUAGCGACAACAAGGGACUCAUGCCAGUUAAAACAUACAAGGGAAAGGUUGACACUCCCAAAAGGCAAAAACGGUCAUCAUUACAUAAUAGUAAUGUGGGUGGUGCAAAUAUUGAUUCCAAGCAAGCUGAAUCAACAAAUGUUUUGGAAACAUCAGUUAAAAAGUCAAGCAUUGGAAGUAAUACAGUCAACUUGGGACUCAUACCAGUUAAUAUAGGAGAGAAAGCCGACACCCCCAAAAGACGAAGCCAAUCAUUAUUAUGUAUUAAAAAUGUGGAUAGUGCAAAUAUUGAUCCAAAGCAAGUUGAAUUGACAAAUGUUGAUUCUUCAGUUGCAAAAUCGGGAACAGAAAAUGUUAAAGCCAGCAAGUUAGUUAAAAUGGGUGAGGAAAAAAGUGACACCGCCAAAAUGCGAAGACGAUCAUCACUACAUAAUAAAAAUGUGGGUGAUAAAAAUAUUAAUGAAUCUACAAAUGUGGAAUCUUCAACUGAACUUUUACAAGAGGAAAAUAGUUCUGUUGACCUGAGCUUCAUGGCAAUUAAUAUAGACGAGAGAACGGUCAACACUGCUAAAGGAAGUGGCAGACUAUCAUUGCGUAACAAAAAUGUGGAAGCUGCAGCUGAUCAAUUAGUGCAAAGUGAAAUUACACAUGUAUCAAAAUACUUAACUGCACAGUCAGAAGUGGAAAAUAAUUUGGUUGAUGUGGGGUGCACUGCAGCUAAAAUAGAUGAAGGAAAGGUUGAUACUCCCAAAAGACAUGGCAGACCAUCUUUACGUGGUAAAAUGGAAGCAACAGAUAAUAACUCAGAGAAAACUGAAUUUACAAAUGUUUCUGAACCUUCAAUUGCAAAAUCCUGUGGUGAAGUUAAAUUAGUCAACAUGGGAUGCAUCCAAGAUAAAGCAAGUGAAGAUAAGACUAACACACCCAAAAGGCAUGGUAGAUCAUCAUUACAUGACAGAAAUGCGGGAGUUGUAUAUGCUCAAGGAGGGCAGGCAGUCAAAUCUGAGUCUGAAGAUAAAUUGUUAGAAAAACAGCAUGUUGACUCCCCCAGAAAUCAACGUAGAUCAUCACUACGUAAAGAAAAUAAGCAAACUACAGAGAUUUCAGAUCCUUUAUCCAACUUAUCUACACUGAAAGGUAGUUCCUCUCCCUCUUCACCUUUUCAGAUAAGUGAAAGGGUAGAAAGUAAUAAAGAUAAGGACAGCACCAAAGUAGAAAGCUUGAAGGGAAAGGAUCGGACAUCUGGAAGUCCACAUGGAAACUUGACCAACAAACAAUCUGAGAAAAAUGUCCAAUACAUAUCCAAAAAGCGCAGAAGUGAAAAUGAAAACUUUGAUGGUGCAGAUUUAAAGAGAAAGAGAGUCUCUUUUGGCGCAAAUUUAAGUCCAGAACUAUUCGACAAGCUUAUGCCACCAUGCUCUCCUCUGCGAAAGGGAGGUACUCCGACACGAGUGUGCACACCAUUUCAUCUUGCACCACGUGCAGUGCUGAAACGUACGUCCAUUAUAGGGAUACACACACGUACAAUUCAGGAAUGCAGUGAACAAAGUGAAAAUUAUACAAGUUCUGUGAAGUCAAAUAACCCUUCAGCAAGUGCCUCUCCUAAGAAAAGCAAAAUAUCACCUUGCAAGGCAUCUUCGUUAACAACUAGCAUAAAGUCAACUACAAAGAAGUCACCUUCAGUCAAGCCAUCCUUUUCAUUAGCUAUCAAGCAAUCACCUAGUGUUAAGAAUUCUUCAGCAAAACUGCCCUCCUCUCCUUAUGUUAAGAGUUCACCUGUGUCAGGAAUUCCUUCACAAAGGAAGAUUUCCUCAUCGGAUACCAAGAAGUCUCCUCAUUCCAAAGCAUCAUCUACUGUUUUGUCCAGUAGAAUGUCUCAUCCAAUUACUGCUGGUUCCUUUGGUUCUCCACAGUUGAGUGGGUGUUUCUCCACUUCUCAUGUUGCUACACCUCCCACUUUGCCUCAGUCUGUGAAGUCUCAUAUUACACCCAAGUCUGUCAGUUUGGCACAAUUGGAUCCAUCUCAUCAGAAAUCAAUUUCUGGGAAAAAAGUUUCCAGGAAAAGCGCCAGAAAAAGUGUUUCACUUCUUGCAGAAAUACAGUCCAGGAGACACAGUGGAGCAUCAGUUGGCAACUUGUUGGUGAAAAAGUCUUGGGCACAGGUAGUGAAGGAAGGAGUAGUAAGACCACAGUUGCGGAAUGCUGCGAAGAAACCUGCUGUAAAGCGCAAACGAGUCAAGAAUGUCACCUCCUUGAAAGUUAUGCCUACUUGUUUAGUGAAAGAUCAUUUUAGUACUGGCCAUGCUGCUUCUCCAGCAACAAUAGUCAUUGGCAAAUUGCAAGCUAACAACGCAAAACCAACCGGACAACCCCCACGUCUAACAAGAAUUGCUUCACUGAGACAGAAGGACAAAGAAAUGGAUGAAAGCUUUACAGGUGUGGCUGAAAUGUUCAGUACUCCCAUGAAUGUAAAUGAAAAAUCAAGUGUAUUUAGGCAAACCUCGGAUAUUGUUGAUGAUGCUCAAGCUGCUUUGGUUGUUCCAGUAUUCCAGAAAGUACUUGAAAACUCUGCUACCAAAACUCCUGAAGUGACUGGUGUAAGGGCUUUUACACCACUAACAAGAAGUGUAAGGCACAAAACAGUUUCACGUCUGUUAAAAUGCCGAGCUGAUUUGUCACAUACUUCAAUAAGCCCUUGUGAAACCCCAUCCAAGGGAACUGAAAUAAGUAGUGAAGCAGAACACAUUGGAGAUUAUCAAAGAACCAUGAAGACACCCAAAGUGAAAGGACAGCCUGUGGAAGACAUGGUUGGUUUGAAAAGAAUCAUAAAAACUCCUAAGGUGAAAGGGCAGCCUUUGGACGACAUGAUGGGUGUGAAAAGAAUCAUGAAGACACCCAGAGUGAAAGGACAGCCUGUGGAAGAUAUGGUUGGUGUGAAAAGAAUCAUGAAAACUCCUAAGGUGAAAGGGCAGCCUGUGGAUGACAUGAUGGGUGUGAAACAAAUCAUGAAGACACCUAGAGUGAAAGAACAGCCUGUCGAUGAUAUGGUUGGUGUGAAAAGAAUCAUGAAGACACCCAGAGUGAAAGGACAGCCUGUGGAAGAUAUGGUUGGUGUGAAAAGAAUCAUGAAAACACCCAGAGUGAAAGGACAGCCUGUGGAAGAUAUGGUUGGUGUGAAAAGAAUCAUGAAAACACCCAGAGUGAAAGGACAGCCUGUGGAAGAUAUGGUUGGUGUGAAAAGAAUCAUGAAGACGCCCAGAACUAUAGAGGACCCAAUGGAAAAUUUUGUGGGGCUGCAAAAGCUUUUCACGGAACCAAAACAAAAGUUAGAGAGUCCUGAGAUCAGUUAUGUUGGAAUUAAAAAUAUAUUCUGUGCAGAAAAAGAAGUGGAAAACUGUGACUAUAGUGGUUUGGGUGAAAUGUUUUCCACACCGGUAAAAUCUGAAAACGUUACUGAUUCUAAGCUUCAGUUUUGUUCAAGAAGUGCAGAUAAACCUACAUUACUGGACGAAUAUAGUGAUACCCAGACAAUUGAGACACCAGGAAGUAAUUUGAUGCAGAUUAUGGAAAAGCACAAUGGAGUAUAUAGAAAAGAAACAUCAAGAGGAACUGAUCAUAAUUCAAGGCUCACAUCAAGAGUUCAGGUGACAAGGACAAGGGGUGUUCAAGCCAGAUGUCCAUCCUCCCCAUCAUCCCAAGAAGUGUGUAUACAACAGUCCCAUCAAGCUGAAACUUUACAAACACUUCCCAAGGAUGGCCUUGUUGAUUAUACACAGACAGGAAUAGCUGAAGGUAAAGAUGGACGAUCUUUAAUAAACUCCAAAGUAUCACCAGAAGCAAAAUUAUUAAAUGAAAAGAAAGCAGAGGAUACUGAUGCAGAAGAAUCAAUAAAAAGUACACCAGGCAAGAAACCUCCUUGUAAGCAGAUUGAGGAAAUAGUUACAUUCAAGCCACAGAAAAAGAGAUCAUUGGAAGAAAAUAAAGUUCCUAACAUUCCCGAAGUUGAAUUUGAUAUGCCUAAAUUUGAAACAAAGGGCACUGUAUUGAGUAAGAAUGAAUCUCCAGAUAAAAACGUCGAAUUUAACAAUCUGCUUUCCCCAGUGACUAAGUCAUUGAGAGGGAGGAAAAACAUCAAAGAAUUGAAAGAAUUAUCCACACGUUGUAAAGUUGCGCCAACUGAUGAGUCUCAAAAUGGACAGAUUUGUGAAAUAAAAGAAAAUUCUUCACCAGCAAGAAAAUCAUUAAAAGGGAAGGAAAUCCAAAAUGUUCAAGAUGGUAAAGCAAAAUGUCCACCUUCAACAAAAAUUUCCACACAAAAUGAAGGAUCAAUCACUGAAAUUGAAAAAGUGAUGCCCUUAGCCUCGAGGAAAAGACCACAAAGGAAGAAGGAAACUAAAAAUUCCAAAAUUAAUGAUGGGGAAGAAACUUAUGUUGCAAAUGACUCACAAAGUAAGGGAGCAGAGCGUGCACAAAUUGAGCUAGUUAAAUCUCCUUUGGAAAAGUUACCACAAGAAAGGAAUGAAAUUGAAAAUGUUGAAUCUGAGCGAAUGACUAAAAGACAUUUGUUGCCAAAAAUGCCCAUAACAAGUAUGGAUGCUAAUGACUUUGUAGCUGAAGAUGUAAAAGCACCCAUUGCAACGGGAAGACUACGGCGAAGAAAGAACAUCAAUAUUGAUGAAGUGGAGAUGCCGAAACCACCUGGAACGACAAAUACAAGUACACAAGCUGAAGUUUUAAAGGAAUCCAGUAGUUUACAGACUAGUUCAGAAGAUCAAGAAGAAAAUAGCAAAACUACGGUAAAUUUUGUCCCAGAGGGAUCUGUGAGAGAGGAAACAAAGUCUGAAAAUAUGAAAAUACCUAAAAAGGUUGAUUUGACUGGCUCCAAAUAUAGAUCCACAAGACGAAAGAGGGUAUUUGAAGAACUGCUUUCAGAAGAUUUUAAACAGGAAUCUGCUCCCAUAAAGAGAUUGUGCAAAGGGGAACAACUGGAUGAAGCUCUAACAAAUAAUGCAGUACACCAUGUUUCUAACCCAGCAUCUCCAAAUGUAUCCGACAAAGCGUUAGAGAUAUCAGAAGGGACGUCUAAUGGAAAAGAGGUAUCAAAACGGCCACGCAGAGGAAAAGUUGCAAUAAAGAAAGUAAAUGAACAAGGUUCAAAAAAUUUGUUAGAAACCCUUGGGAAAGUGAUAUCAAAACGUCCAAGCGAUAAAGUAAUUGCUGAUGUAAACAAAUUCCAUGAAUCAGAUGAGCAGCCAAAAGGCAGCCCAAAACAAAAUGAGACAAAUGUGCCUUGUGCUUUGGUGAAAAAAGAGGAAAACAAUGAAAGGAAAAGGGAGGAAACUGAGAUUAAGCAGCAUUCAGAACUUACUCUAAAGCCAUCACCAUCACCAAUAAAAAGAUCACUGAGAAAGAAGGCAAGUCAGAAAAUAACUCGAAAUAAAGAAGAAAAUGCAAAAGAAUUAUCUUGUACAAGAAAGUUGAGAAGAAAUAUCACAGAAGAAAAGUUACAGGCAACUAUUAAUGAUGGACCAUGUGUUCCAGUAAAUAAUCAUUCAAGCAGAGAACAAAAACAUGAAGAGGAAAGUAUCCCUUCAUCAAAGAUGAGUGGGAAAGGCAAACAAUCAAAGGAAUUGUUGACUAAAAACCAGGAACAAACUGACCAGCAGCAAACUGUGGGCAUAGUUAAUGUACAAUUAUGUACUACAAGUGAAGAAAAACCACCGAGUCAAAAAUUGACAGGCAAAGGUCGUCGACAAGGGAAGACUUCAGCAAAAGGAAUCUCUGCUUGCCUAUCAAAUGCUGAAGAAGGAGAAGCCCAUUUGAAGGUUUCUGCUAAUUGCAGUGAAGUGGCUAAUCAUUCAGAUAAGGCUGAAGCUGCCAGACAAACCAGAUCUUCAAGUAAAGGCAAAGUUAGUAAGAAAGCAGCAGGAGUAACUGAAGUAACGAAUGACAGCAAAGAAACAGACGCAGUGUUGAUUCCUGGAACUGAAGGAACUGGUCGGCCUAAGAGAAAUAUUAGGAGAGGGAAAUCUGAAAAAGCGUUUACAACAGAAUUCGAUGUGACAGGUUCCAUUCCAGUUACUGGAGAGGAAAUUGUAGAAAGAAUUGUUAUGUCCAAAAAAGGUUCAAAAGAAUUUCCUUCACUUGAAGAUAGUCAGAAAACAGAAUUGGAUAAUGGAAAGCUGCCUGACAAUAAAUGUGGUAAAAGAAAGAUUACAAAAGAUGUUCCAACAUUUGUACAAGAAACUAUCAAGGAAGAACUACAAAUCAACAAUGAAAUGGUUAAAUCUGUUGAAAUUCCCAGAAAAAGUGGCCGUGGGAUGAUCAAAAGAAAUAAUUCAGCUGGAAGCAAUCAGGAAUUAAUCACAGGUGUAACUGAAAAACAGGUAGAAAAUUCAGUCAACAAAGUUGAAAAUAAGAAAGCCAGAACAGGACAGAACAACAAUGUCGAAGAAACUGCUUCAAUUUCAUUUGCUCAAGGAGGGAAGGUUCAAGUAACAAGCAAACGGGCAAGAAGAAAUAAUCUUCGAAAGCCAACAGAUAAUGAUGAGAAUCUUCUAUGUGGGGAAGUUGAGACAGAAGAUAAUAGUGGCGAACAAGAGACCAAUACCAUAUCAAUGGAUUCUUCACAAGUAUCUAAAAGGGUUACAAGAGCAAAAAUAUCAUCUGAAGCCACUGAAAUUGAACAAAAAUUGAUUCAACCAUUGACCAAUGGAUUGCUUUCACCGGUGCCUGCAAAUCUCUCAAAAAGAACCUUAAGAAGCAAGCCCACUGUUGUAGAAACCACAGCUGAUGUACCUGCUAAGAAAGCUAAAAAAGAACAGUUGACUAUAAAGGAAAUAAGCAGCAAAAGGCAAACAAAUCGAGCUACUGCAAGAAAGGUGCUUUCUGUCACACCGCAAACUGCCCAGCCAAAAGGGCGUACUACCAGAUCAAGAAAGUAGAAAAUCCCAGAUGUAAUCUUAUACUAUGUUACAUAUACUGUAUAUU